GCAUAUUUAAUGCAUAUGCACGGUCAUGUCCGCUAGGUUCGGGCUACCGCGCAUCGCCUCUUGAUUGAUUGAUUGAUUGAUUGAGGGAUAGAAUUUUUGACAUGACAACAUGACAGUUACUUAGCUGCAGGUGCAGCACGACAGUCACAGUCGUGGAUGUACUUAGUCUUCCAGUUCGAUAGUAGAGAAGUAGAUCUUGGUAAUGGUUUCUUCGUAUCUAGGUAAAAAUAAUGUGUAUAGAAGUAGUCUUUCAUCUCCUUACGUUCGUGGCGUGACUAGUUAAUAUACCAGCACCUCGUCCACCAGGACGAGUGUGUUCUGUUUUUUGCGUUCUCUGUUGUCUGUUAACCGAAAAAAACAAUAGUUGUCAUUGUCGAGCAGGAUCUCCUGGUCCUUCUAGCCGCGACGUGAGGUCAAAAGUACAGCAGGUGCAUCAAGAUGUACUAACGUCGUUCUGU